GACUCAACUUGUGAUUAAUGCAUAUAUAUUUAUGCAAAUCCGAUUUUUCGAAUUGUCACGUUCGUCGAACGUGAUCUUUGUAUGUGUUCACAUCGAUCGUUUUAUCGUGUAAAUACAGCAGCUGUGGAAAUGCGCGCACGUGGAGCGCCUUGUAAUCGAUCGAAUAUGAUUUCUAUACGCAUACAUUUUAUUAAUAAGAUUGAAAAAUAAUGUAUUGCCUAAGUAUAAUAUAAAUAUGCUUAGCUGGAGAAAGACGUAACUUAAAUUUUAAUAGCGAGGAAUCUGUCAAUGAAUAUAUUAUUUAUUAUACGAGUCUCUGAAUCUUAUAUUCUCUGCAAUUUUAAUUUUAAUUUAAAUUUUAAAUUAAUUGAUGUCGCAUGUCAAACCUAACCUAACCUAACCUAACCUAAAAAUGAAGCAAAACAGUGAUACAGCGUCCAGACAGAAAUAAACAACCCCAAGAAGUAAACAGACUUAAAAUAGCGAGGAAUCUGUCAAGGAACGUAUUAUUUCGUGAUAUAUAUCAUGAAACACUGAUCUUUGUAUUUAAUUUUGUUGUUAAAUUAAUCCAUCUCGCAUUUGUCAGCUGUCAGACCUAACCUAGAAAAUGGAGCAAAACUCUUCUUCGUCCAAUGACACAGUGUCCAGCCAAAAGUCACUGCCAAGCACCCACGAUUCUGGUUGGAACGAUCCACCAGAAUGGGCUCUGUCUACGCAAAAUGUUUCCUCCGGAAGCAAGAGACUCUUGAACAAGCGAGUGGCAUUUCCAUUGUCUUCGCAGAACUCUCCCACAGAAAAAAGUUCACCCUCUCCGUCGAAUACUCCUCCUGCUUUACAGUCUUCCGCAGCCCCUGCAAUAACUACAGCUCCCCAUAAGCCUCUAGUGGCACCUAACAGCGAUAAAGAUCUUGCGACAAGAACAUUGGAAUCUGAUUUUGACAAAGAUCAAGCUUUGACUGAAGUUUUGGCCAAUCUAGAAUCAGUUAUGUCGAAACAGAAGAUGGACACAAACAAGACAGAAGAUGUACAAAGGAGAUUAGAUAGCAUGAAAGCUGACUGGUGCGAUAACAAAUUGAAUAAUAUGAUACAGAGAAGUGUUUUGGAUAUAUCGAAAGCACUGUUGAGGAAAGAUGUUAAACAAGCUGACAAGAUCCACAUUUCUCUUAUGAUGCAGCAUGCAAGUGCCUGUCGUACCUGGAUGCCAGCUAUUAGACACAUCAUUUUUGAAUUAAAAAAAGAAUGUGAAGAUUUCAAUUUUUCACAGUUAGAACAGUCGCCUCUACUAUCUCUUAAAUCAAAGGAAAAGUGAGU